UGCCUUUUCGGUCAAAAUCUGUUUCUCUCUCUCUCUACUCAUGAAAAUAUAUUUAUUGACUUAUUAUUUGCAAUUAUUGUUCUUUUCUCCUUUUGAACUUCAUCUUCAUCGUUAGGGAUCCUAAAUUUGUCCUUCAGAUUGUUUAGAUGAACUAAAGCCCUAAUCAUCCAAAAUCUUAGAUUCACUCUGGUUCUAGGUAUUAAGCUGAGCUAGCAACAUGGAUUUGGCUUCUCGUUACAAGGGGAUGGUUGGGCUUGUUUUUGGCAAUGAGACUUCUGCUUCAAAUGAAGAUAGCUAUGUUGAAAGGUUGCUCGACAGAAUAAGCAAUGGUGUUCUGCCUGAGGACAGGAGGAAUUCCAUGGCUGAGCUUCAGUCUGUGGUGGCAGAGAGUCGUGCUGCACAGCUGGCAUUUGGAGCAAUGGGAUUUCCUGUACUUAUGGGUGUCCUAAAGGAGGAAAGAGAUGAUGUCGAAAUGAUUCGAGGUGCCCUAGAAACUCUUGUCAGUGCUCUGACACCUAUUGAUCAUGCAAAAGGGCUAAAGAAUGAGGUUCAACCAGCUUUAAUGAAUACUGAUUUGCUCUCCCGCGAGUCAGAAAAUAUAUCACUUCUUCUAAGUUUGUUGUCAGAAGAGGAUUUCUAUGUACGAUAUUAUACUCUUCAAAUUUUGACAGCCCUUCUCACGAAUUCUCCAAAUAGGUUACAGGAAGCCAUUUUAACUAUUCCUCGUGGUAUAACUCGGCUAAUGGAUAUGCUUAUGGAUCGAGAGGUCAUACGAAAUGAGGCGUUGCUGCUUCUUACUUACUUGACAAGAGAGGCAGAGGAGAUUCAAAAAAUAGUGGUCUUUGAAGGUGCAUUUGAGAAAAUUUUUAGCAUUAUCAAAGAGGAAGGAGGAUCAGAAGGUGGUGUUGUUGUUCAGGAUUGUCUCGAAUUAUUGAAUAAUCUUCUCCGUAGCAAUGUAUCUAAUCAGAUACUACUGAGGGAGACAAUAGGCUUUGAUGCUAUAAUAUCAAUCUUGAAGCUACGAGGGAGUGCUUACAGUUUUACCCAACAGAAGACAAUUAAUCUACUCAGCGCAUUGGAAACCAUUAAUUUGUUGAUAAUGGGAGGUUCAGAGGCUGAUCCUGGGAAAGAAACAAACAAGCUGAGCAAUAAAACAGUCCUGGUUCAGAAAAAGGUAUUGGAUUAUCUUCUGAUGUUGGGUGUUGAAAGCCAAUGGGCUCCAGUUGCUGUACGUUGUGUGGCAUUGCGAUGUAUUGGUGAUUUGAUUGCUGGACAUCCCAAGAAUCUUGAUGCCCUUGCAACCAAAGUCCUUGGUGAAGAGCCACAAGUAGAACCUGCUUUGAAUUCCAUUCUUCGAAUCAUAUUGCGGACAUCCAGUAUGCAAGAGUUUUUGGCUGCAGACCAUGUUUUUAAGAGUUUUUGUGAGAGAAAUCCUGAUGGUCAAACAAUGUUGGCAUCUACAUUAAUUCCUCAACCGUAUUCAAUGACUCGUGCUCCUAUUGAGGAGGAUGUGAACAUGUCUUUUGGAAGCAUGCUGUUACAUGGUCUUACCCUGGGUGAAAGUGAUGGGGAUCUUGAGUUUGAAGUUCAGACUUGUAGCAGGGCUGCUAGUGUACUUUCUCAUGUACUCAAGGACAACAUACAGUGCAAGGAAAGGGUUCUUCGAAUUGAACUUGAGUCGCCCACACCAUCCUUGGGAGCCCCUGAGCCACUAAUGCACCGCAUGGUGAAAUACUUGGCUCUUGCCUCCAACAUGAAAAACAAAGAUGGAAAAUCAAAUACAAAAGGGAAUUUGUAUGUUCAACCGAUUAUUUUGAAAUUGCUGGUCACUUGGCUGGCUGACUGCUCCGGUGCAGUUCAGUGCUUCUUGGAUUCACGUCCCCACCUAACAUAUUUGCUUGAGUUGGUGCUAAAUCCGUCUGCAACUGCAUGCACAAGAGGUUUGACAGCUAUUCUUUUGGGAGAGUGUGUUAUUUACAACAAGUCUAGUGAAAGUGGAAAGGAUGCUUUUACUGUAGUUGAUGCCUUAAGUCAGAAAGUUGGUCUCACAGCAUAUUUUCUUAAGUUUGAUGAAAUGAUGAAAAGCUUCCAUUUCUCCUCUGCAAAGCCAGCAGAGCCACAUAAACCAUUGACAAGAUCUGCUGCUGCUAGCAUGGCAGAGAUUGAAGAUGUUGAUGAGCUGGAUUCCUCUGAACAGAAGAAUGACGAUCAUCCCAUUCUCUCUUCAAUAUAUGAUAGUUAUUUUGUCAACUUUGUCAAGAGGUUGGAGGCAGAUAUCAGAGAAACUAUUGUUGAUGUAUACAGCCGUCCAAAAAGUGAGGUGGCAGUUGUGCCUGCUGAAUUGGAGCAGAAGAGCGAAGAAAGUGAUAAAGAGUACAUCAAGCGGCUUAAAUCAUUUAUUGAGAAGCAAUGCUCUGAGAUACAGAAUCUCCUUGGUCGGAAUGCAACUUUGGCUGAGGACCUGGCCAAGAUAGGUGGGAGUGGCUCUUUGGAAGCUGAACAAAGGGCUAGUGGGGGCUCUGAAAGAGUUCAAGCAGAGACUCUCCGGAGAGAUCUUCAGGAAGCAUCUCAACGAAUAGAGAUGCUAAAGGUAGAAAAGGCCAAAAUUGAAUCUGAGGCAUCCAUGUAUCAGAAUUUAGCUGGGAAGAUGGAAUCUGAUCUGAAGAGCUUGUCUGACGCUUACAACAGCCUGGAACAAGCCAACUUCCUUCUAGAAAAGGAGGUGAAAGCUUUGAAGAGCGGUGGGGCCGCAGCAAGUCCAGAUAUCGAGGCAGUAAGGGCAGAAGCUAGAGAAGAAGCUCAGAAAGAGAGCGAGGGGGAACUGAAUGAUUUGCUAGUCUGCCUAGGGCAAGAACAGAGUAAGGUGGAAAAGCUGAGUGCAAGGUUGUUGGAGCUAGGGGAAGAUGUAGAUAAGCUGCUUGAAGGUAUUGGAGAUGACAUGGGGCUGCCUGAUGAUGGUGAAGACGAGGAAGAUUGACAAGACACUCAUAAUGGUAAUGUUUGAAAUCCUGCUUUGUACAUUUCUGGGUGAAUUGUACAGAUUACUAAGUUAUUGUCUGCAAUAGACGUUCUCAUACAAUUGGAUUCGAUUUGCUGUUGCUUUAAGACCUGCUUGUCCUGUUGCCAUUUUGUUGUCUUUAUUGUGGCAUAACUUGGUGGUGCAUUUGUUUGGAAGACAAUAAACGAACCUGAACAUGAUUUUUUUUU